UGCCAUGAACAAGAGAAACCAAUUUUUCAAUGUCGAGCCAUAACCGAGAUCCAUCAACGUCGACACCGUCGGUCUCUACGCCGUCAUCGACACGUGCCAAGCUGCUGCUGAAGAAGAUUCCGCGGAUCCCUAUUCGUCGUGCCAAGAAUGAAGAAGUGAAAGAUGAUGGUAAUAAUAACGAUACUGAUAGAAGUAACAAGAAGCCAUCGGAAAACGAGGAGUCGGCGAUACUCUCAGCGUCUUCUCUUGGUUUAAAUCGUAUUAAAACGAAAUCCGCGCCUUCUCCUUCGCCUCUUAGGUUUUCGUCUUCAGCUUGUUUUCCCUUGAAUCACAAGAAAGAGGCAAAGAACGAUAAGGUUGACGCUGAAAUCAGGUCUAAAUUUGGUUUUCCUACUGAGAGUGAGAGAAAAACAGCCACGGCCACGACGGAACCAGGGAAGAAGGUUCAAUGGAGUCAAUCAAAAUCGUUAAAAUUUCCAUCACUGCUCAAGCCAGAGUUGGAGGUUAAUCAUGCAGCAUUUGCAAAGGAAAUGCAGUCGCCACGUUUCCAGGCUAUACUGCGUCUCACUAGUGGCCGUAAGAAGAGAGCCCCAGAUAUCAAGAGCUUCUCUCAUGAACUCAAUUCUAAGGGAGUACGGCCUUUUCCUGUUUGGAAAUCCCGAGGAUUGGGCCACAUGGAGGAGAUUAUGGUGGCAAUCCGUGCAAAGUUUGAGAAGUUGAAGGAGGAAGUUAAUGGUGACUUGGGAAUACUAGCUGGUGACUUGGUGGGUAUCCUGGAAAAGACUUCAGAUACUCAUCCUGAAUGGAAAGAGAGUUUGGAGGAUCUGUUGGUGGUAGCUAGAAAAUGUGCCACGAUGUCACCUAGUGAAUUCUGGGUGAAGUGUGAAUAUAUUGUUCAGAAUCUAGAUGACAGACGUCAAGAACUACCGAUGGGGAUUCUCAAACAAGCCCAUACCCGCCUUCUUUUUAUCCUCACUCGAUGUACUAGGAUUGUACAGUUCCAGAAAGAGACUGGUUAUGAACAGGAUCACAUUUUGGGACUUCACCAACUUAGCGACCUUGGAGUUUAUCCAGAGAAAACAUCGGACGUCGUUGCGCAGGACGUUAGUGGCCCGUUAACUGGUGGGAAGAUGGUGAAUGAAAAGCUGAGGAAGAAGACACAUGGGCAGGAACAGGGCAGCCGGAUUUUGAAACAAGAUCAAGAUGAAGAACAUUUGAGUGGUGAAACUGAAAUUGUGGAGGUUAGCACCGCCAAAAGUUCUGAUUCAAAUACAAGUGGCUAUAGGAUGUCUUCUUGGAAGAAACUUCCAUCUGGAGCUGGGAGAAAUCGUAAAGGCUCGGAUGCUGUUGAAAUGCCAUCCAAGGAGAAACCAGAGCUCUUUCGAUCCAAGGAUGAAACAAAAGCUGGAAAUUAUGACGUGACUGAAAAUCUGGAUGCAUCAGCCCACCUCCCAUCCUCAGGAGCACAGAAGGUUUCUUGGGGAUCUUGGGGGGAUCAUCAUCAUGUAGCAUAUGAAAAUUCGAUGAUCUGUCGUAUCUGUGAGGUAGAAAUACCAGUUGUGCAUGUUGAAGAGCACUCUCGAAUAUGCACGAUUGCUGAUAGAUGUGACCUAAAGGGUCUAACUGUAAAUGAACGUCUUGAAAGAGUUGCUGAAACUCUUGAAAAGAUAAUUGAUUCAUGGACACCAAAAAGCACACCCAGAAGCAAUGAUUCUCCAAGAGGAAGUCCUGAAGUUUCAAGUGUGUUUACAACAAGUAGCCACGACGAUUCAGAUGAGGUAUCACCAAAGACAAUGGGCUUGCCUCGGCAAUGCUCCGUGGAAAUUCUUGAACGUGUUUCUGAUGUUGAAAAUGCUUUUGUCAUGGUAGAUCUAAAUGUUUUGCCCAAAAUAUCAUGUGACAAAAGUUCUUCACAAACCGUUCCUGAUGCCGGGACAAAAACCCCAUCACCGGGAGGCUUGACCCCGCCAUCACCAUUAUUAACGCCAUGCACCAGCCAGAUUGAAUUGCUAUUGAGUGGACACCGAACACUUACAGAACUUCAAAACUCCCAGCAGAUAAGCAAGUUAUUGGAUAUAGCCCGCUCUAUUGCAAAUUUAAAUUUUUGCGAGUAUAGUACACUGGAGAAAAUGCUUGAUCGUCUAGAAGAUCUAAAAUAUAUAAUCCAGGAUAGGAAGGUGGAUGCACUUCUGGUAGAAACUUUUGGACGGCGUAUAGAGAAAUUAUUGCAGGAGAAAUAUGUAUAUCUUUGUGGGCAGAUAGAAGAUGAAAAGGUAGACUCAUCGAAUUCCAUGGCUGAAGAUGAGAGCUCAACGGAUGAAGACCCAAUGCGCAGUCUGCGUGCGAGCCCAAUAAAUACAUGUUCUAAGGAUCGAACAUCCAUAGAAGAUUUUCACAUAAUAAAACCAAUCAGCCAGGGGGCAUUUGGGCGAGUUUUUCUUGCCAGAAAAAGAGCAACCGGUGACUUAUUUGCUAUAAAAGUCUUAAAGAAGGCAGAUAUGAUUCGUAAAAACGCAGUUGAAAGUAUUUUGGCUGAGCGUAAUAUCCUCAUAUCGGUUCGCAAUCCUUUUGUGGUCCGGUUUUUCUACUCGUUCACAGGCAAGGAAAAUCUUUAUCUGGUCAUGGAGUAUUUAAAUGGCGGAGAUCUCUACUCUCUGCUGAAAAAUCUUGGUUGCUUAGAUGAAGAUAUGGCCCGUGUAUACAUUGCAGAACUUGUUCUUGCUUUGGAGUAUUUGCACUCUGCAAAUGUCAUUCAUAGAGAUUUAAAGCCUGACAACUUGUUAAUUGGCCAAGAUGGUCACAUCAAGUUGACAGAUUUUGGGCUCUCUAAGGUUGGUCUUAUUCACAGCACAGAUGACUUAUCAGGUUCAUCAUUCAGUAGUGCUGGAUUUCUAGGAGAUCAACUGAAAACUCAACCUUCAUUGAAUAAAGAACAGCGCCAAAAGCAUUCAGUUGCUGGCACUCCUGAUUAUUUGGCACCUGAAAUACUUCUGGGCAUGGGACACGGUGCAACUGCUGAUUGGUGGUCUGUCGGUGUUAUUCUAUUUGAGCUGCUUGUUGGUAUUCCACCAUUCAAUGCAGAAACUCCACAGCAAAUUUUUGACAAUAUAAUGAAUAGAUAUAUACCAUGGCCUGAGAUACCUGGGGAAAUGACCUAUGAAGCUUAUGAUUUGAUUAACAAAUUGUUAACUGAAAAUCCAGUUGUAAGACUAGGAGCAACAGGAGCCGCAGAAGUGAAGCGGCAUCCUUUCUUCAAGGAUAUCAACUGGGACACGCUUGCAAGGCAAAAGGCUAUGUUCAUACCAGCAGCAGAUGCGCUUGACACUAGUUACUUUGUUAGCCGAUAUGUGUGGAACCCAGAAGAAGAAAAUUUUCAGGGAGGUAGUGAUUUUGACGACAUGACAGACUCAUGCAGCAGCGGUUCAUUCAGCAACACACAUGAAGAGGAUGGGGAUGAAUGUGGUAAUUUAGCAGACUUCAAUUCCUCAACUCUAUCUGUGCAAUAUUCAUUUAGUAAUUUCUCAUUCAAGAACUUGUCACAGCUGGCUUCUAUCAAUUAUGAUAUGGUGAUUAAGAGCGCCAGGGAAUCAAAAGAAGCCUCCAAACUAUCUGGUCCAUGAAAGUGAUCACAUGGUUACUUCACCAUGUAUAUAUACGCAGCUAUCAGAUAUAGGUGGCCAUCGUGGUUGGAAGAUCUCAGUCCAUCCUCACCAACUUAUGAUGAAAAUGGCGGAUCCACCUCACAGGAUCAUCCAUGCCAAAAAUGGCAAUUCAAUGGAACAGGUCAAGCCUUUUUUCCCCCCUUCUAAUAUAUAGACGGCUUUCUUUUCUUUGUGUAUAUUUACAAAAAUCUUUCUAAUAGAUAAAAUUUUGUGAGUUUAUAUUGUUUUAGGCUAUGAUUAUCUUGAAUCUAUAUUUAUUGCCAUUAUGGCCGGUUCUGUGACUUAGCAUUGAGAAAUAAAAUUAGUUUAGUUCUUUUAA